CAGCUUUUCAGUUUGUCGUUGGUAUGAGAGCAGUUUUUGCCAUUAGUUAGAGGUAACACAAUAAAACAGCUACUUCUUUAUGUGUAACUAGUUUUCUUAUCAUGGCUGAGAAGUUUGAUAAUCUUGAAGAGCAUCUAGAAAAAUUCAUCGAAAACAUUCGACAGAUGGGGAUCAUUGUCAGCGAUUUUCAACCCAGCAGCCAAACAGGACUCAACCAGAAAUUGAACUUCAUGAUCACAGGGCUACAAGACAUUGAGAAAUGUCGACAACAGCUUCAUGACAUUCACGUACCGCUGGAAGCAUUUGAAUACAUUGACCAAGGUCGCAACCCACAGCUGUACACUAAAGAGUGUUUGGAGAGAGCCUUGGCUAAAAAUGAACAAGUAAAGGGGAAGAUUGACACCAUAACUAAAUUUAAAAGUCUCCUUAUCACUGAGCUGGGCAAAGUUUUUCCAGAAGAAAUGGCAAAAUACAAGGCCAUUCAUGGUGACGAUCCUCCAUCAUAGUCAGCUGGACCAAUGCAACAGCAUCAUUAAAACCAAGUUGUACAUAUGUUGAUAUCCAUGUUUUAUAAAAUUAAAUGCAUUGACCAUGUUUUACAUUUUUACAGCUUUUUCAAUGUUUGUAUUUGGCUUUGUAUUUCACAAAGUGCUUCAAAUGGUGUUGGAUGUUUUUAACAUCUUGCAGACAACAGAAAUGGAGUUUGAUUUUUGUGUGAUGUAACUUUUGUUGCCGAUAUGUUGAUUUUUAUUAAAAGAGAUUAUCUAACA